AUGGGUGACACCACCAAGGAGGUUGGCUCCGGCUCUAGCCUAAAAGCGGUGCGUAAGGGAAAGCGAGCGUAUUUUUUUAGAAAAUGGACACGGGUCGAUGUAUUGAGAGCUUCGGCUGUUGGGGCCGUGCAUCUGUUGUGUGUCUUGGCUCCUUUUAACUACAAAUGGGAAGCUCUCCUGUUCGGUGUGAUUCUCGCCGUGGUGACUAACCUCAGCAUUACGUUCUCGUACCAUAGAAACUUGACUCACCGGAGCUUUAAGCUACCUAAAUGGCUUGAAUAUCCAUUCGCUUACUCUGCCCUUUUCGCUCUUCAGGGUCAUCCAAUAGAUUGGGUGAGCACACAUAGGUUCCACCACCAGUUCACAGAUUCGGACCGUGACCCACAUAGCCCUAUGGAAGGGUUCUGGUUCAGUCAUGUCUUGUGGAUAUUCGACACCAGUUACAUCAGAGAAAAGUGUGGAAAACGUAACAACGUGAUGGACUUGAAGCAACAAUGGUUCUAUAGGUUUCUUCAACACACAAUUGGUCUCCACAUCUUAACUUUCUGGACCCUCGUCUAUUACCUGGGUGGUCUACCUUACCUAACUUGCGGCGUGGGUGUUGGAGGAGUAAUCGGUUACCACGGGACAUGGCUCAUAAAUUCAGCAUGCCAUAUUUGGGGCUCACAGGCAUGGAACAGCAAGGACACCUCUCGUAACGUUUGGUGGCUAGGGCUGUUCACGAUGGGAGAGAGCUGGCAUAACAACCACCAUGCCUUUGAGGCGUCGGCUAGGCACGGACUAGAAUGGUAUCAGGUGGACAUAACUUGGUACCUCAUUCGCUUUUUCCAGGCUCUCGGUUUAGCCACCGAUGUCAAACUGCCUUCCGAUGCUCAGAAACGCAAGAUGGCUUUCCCUCGCUAA